ACCCAAACAAAACCUAUUUCGGGCCCAAAAACCAAGAAAAUAAAAUAAAAUAAACCAACAGAAAAAUUGAUUUUCCCACCAUUGCCGCGGAUUUGGAUUUCCUUGAUUUGAUUCCACCUCUCGUUUCCUCGCCGUCGCCGGCCGCCGUCCGCCGCAUGGGAAAACUUUAAAACGUGAAAUCUGUCAUCAUGAAUCAACAGAGUCAGGGAACGGGCUCUCUAUCUUCGCCAGACCCCCCUAUGAAGCGAAAACGUGGACGUCCACGUAAGGAUGAAAACUUGGCUCCUGCAGAGCACCCAACUGUCAUCCCAGGACCUGACAGUUCGAAGAAAACCAAACAGAGUGCAAGUACAAGUGAUGAUGUUGAGAAUGAAAUGGUAGGCCAGGUAGUCACUGGUGUGAUUGAGGGGUCAUUUGAUGCUGGAUAUCUUCUGAAUGUUAGGGUCGGAGACAGUGACACUCAGCUGAGGGGUGUUGUGUUUCUACAGGAGAAAAUCACUCCCAUUACUCCAGCAAAUGACAUUGCUCCUCAUAUUAUGAUGUGCAAAAGAAGAGAAAUUCCCAUACCACCUCUCAACCCACAAUCUCAGCGUUAUGAGUCUGCCCGCCCAUCAGAACAAAGUAAUAGGCAAUCUGUUGAGGUGAAACCCCAAAUACCUACAGUUCCUAACCAAAUUCAAUCCUCUGUCCCUCAGUCUGGAAUCCUGGAGUCACUUGAAAACAAACCUUUCUCUUUUGUGACUCCUUUGGUUGUGAACUUGCCGAAGAAUGAUGCAGUCCCGCCCUUGGGAGGAAAAGUCAUGCCACAGCAAUUUCCGAACCUGGAACUAAUAACCAAUCUGCCCCUACUGUGCCCAAGCCAGAGCAUAAUAACGUUGUUGAACAGGAGAAAGUGCUGGAGGAAGUUGAAGCUGCCACAAUAAUGGAAGGGCCAAAUGGUGUAGAGGCCAAUAAGGCAUCAAAAACAGAAACAGCAGCCGAGCCAAUUGCUGACCUACCAGGUGUUGAACCCGUAUGUAAGGCUCCUGAAAUUCAAAUUCAGGCUGCGGGUUCUGAAAAGAGUGCGUCGGCUCCUUUUGAAGUAAAGAGCUUCAGACUUGAACUCAACCAAAUGCCUGUAUUCGGUGAACCCAGAGUGACCACUGUCAUGCCAGUUGUUGAACUCAACCACACGCCUGUAUUUGCUGAAUCUGCAAGAAUCGCUGCCAUGCCAGUCAUUGAAACUGAAGGUAAGGACAAUCAAAUUCAACCUCAGGCUGUGGAUUCUGAAAAGAGCGCAUUGGUUCAUGAUGGUGCAAAGAGCCCGAAUCUCAAGCUCAACCAAACUCCUGUAUUUGCUGAACCUGCCCCUGUUGCUCUCAUACCAGGCAUUGAAACCGAAUGCAAGGAUUCUCAAAUUCAACCUCCAGAUGUCAGUCCUGAAACGAGUUCAUUGGUUCAUGAUGCGGUAAAGAGCGUGGACAUAGAACUCAACCAAACUCCUUUUGCUGCUCCGG